AUGCCUCGCGGAGGGGGAAAUCACCUCAGCACUGCCCUCUGGGUAGCUGCAGCGGUCUUUCUUUUUUGCCUCUCGCCUUUCCUCUUUUCCGAAACUGCCCCUCACAGCAACAUCAUACAACGCUCAACAACAGAUGCCCCUAUCGACUCUAUCAUUGCCCGCCGUGACGCGGCCGCCAUCCCCGAUUCUCGCCGUAGCCCAGGCCAUUCCAACCCCCUCAAACUACCUCCCCAUGAGCCUCUUUUGUUUGAGGAGCCCUCUGUCUCUGAGCCAGAGCCAUCAUCGAGCAGCAAUCUGACACGGCGGUCGGCAAGCCUGUCCAGACGCGACGGUCCGCUGUACUGUCACGAUGGACCUUGCAUUGACGGCAGCUGCUGCGGCCCCGACAACAUCUGCGGCUUUGGCCCCGACUUUUGCGGAGAGGGCUGCCGGUUCAACUGCACUGCCACGGCCAUGUGCGGAGAACACAGCGAGUUCGGACAGAUGCCCUGCGGCAUGAAGCUGUGCUGCUCAUCCAGCGGCUGGUGUGGGGUGUACUGCCACAACGCCGACCCGCUGCGCGGCACUUUGCCCUGCCAGGCUGGCUACGGCUCCUGCUACAUUACCGGCCCGCCCUCAUGCCCCUACGGCGGCGGCACCACCAGUGGCCGUCACAUCGGCUACUACCAGUCAUGGAACGUGCGUAACCGGCUCUGCAACAAGGUCUCUCCCAGGCAGCUCAACACCACUGGCUACACCCAUUUGUUCUAUUCUUUCGCGUCCAUUGACCCAUCUACCUUCCGCAUCGCCCACGCCCACCCGGAUGAUCCCGCCAUGAUGCGUGAGUUCACCGGACUCGCUAAACCGGGUCUGAAAACCUGGAUCGCCAUCGGUGGCUUCGACUUCAGCGACAAGGGGACGCCCACUCACCGCACAUGGAGCGAGAUGGUCGCCUCCCGUGACCGCCGAGCCGUCUUCAUCUCGUCAGUGAAGGACUACAUGGAUGAGUAUGGCUUCACCGGCGUCGACAUUGACUGGGAGUACCCUGGUGAUCCGGAGAGAGGUGGGAACAAGCUUGCCGACACGCAGAAGCUCGUCCUGCUGAUGAAGGAGAUGAGGGCCGCGUACGGCAGCAACUACGGCAUCAGCCUGACGCUGGCGCCUGACUAUUGGUACCUGCGCUGGUUCGACGCCAAGGCGAUGGAGCCCUACGUCGACUUUUUUGGCUUCAUGGCCUAUGACUUGCACGGCCCUUGGGAUGCCGACGUCAAGGCCCUGGGCAGCAAGGUUCGCGGCCAGGCCGACAUUCGCGAAAUCUCCGAGAAUACAAAGCCGCUGUGGUUUGACGGCCUCAAUCCCGCCAAGCUGAACUUUGGUCUCGCCUUGUACGGACGCGGCUACACCCUGGCUGACCCGACCUGCAACCAGCUCUUGUGUCCCUUCGCUGGCGGAAGCAACCCGGCCCCUUGCACCAACUUUGAGGGCGUCAUGUCGCUCCACGAGAUUCAGCAGCUCAUCGAUCGGAAGGGCCUCACUCCCCAGUACCUUCCCGACGCGAUGAUGAAGCAGAUCACAUGGGAUGACCAGUGGAUCGGCUACGACGACGACGAGACCUUUGCCGCCAAGAAGGCCUGGGCAGACUCGAGAUGCUUCGGCGGCACCAUGGUCUGGAGCAUCGACUUUCAGGUGGCUGGUUCUGGUGAUUCAGAUGACCAGAAAUACGGCGACGUUGUCUACAUCGGCCAGGAGGUGUUCGAGACACCUGCGGCCCAAUGCCCAGCCCCGUGUAUCAUGGUCUUCCCCUCCAGCUCGCUGCAAGAGCCCAAGGUCCUCACAAUGCAACCGUACACGGCCACGCUUGAGGUUGGCACCACCACAACCACUAUCGUCGCUGUCAGCACCCCAAGCACAACCACCGUCUCGGUCGUCAACUUUUUCAACCACUACAUUACCAGCGGACAGCCCGCGGGGGCCGUAGUCACGCUACGACCAAGCAUCCAGCCGCCUCCCCUCAUGCUUGUGGUGACCGGUCAGGACAGCGAGACAACAACAAGAACAGUCCUACCCCCGCCCCUUGGUGGUGCCUUUUCCGGCGGCGGUGGUGGUGGUGGUAGUGGUGGCGGUAGCAGCAAUCCGACAAGCUCUCCUACCACGACCAUCAACACCACUUACACUCCCCGGCCCCCCAAUGCUGGCGGGCACACAACAACGAUUGCCAUGCCCACCAGCCCAGUGGAGGAUUCUGACGAUUCCGACGACGACGAUAAUGACCCCCCUGUGCUCCCAGGCUUUCCAACGGGCACUGUUGACCCCGUCGACGAAGAAGACGACGAUGAUCCUCCCCCUCCUGGCAAGACACGCCUCAAGUGCGACCUCUGGUUCUUUAACAUCUGCAUCAACUGGCCCGAGCUCGGCAUCAAGAUCGACUGGUGGGAUGUUGAGCUGCCCACAGGCCGCCACGGACCGGGGACCAUGCCCCUUGGCUAUAUCAACCUCCCGGGUGGAUGGCACAUCGGCUGCGCGAACCCUCCCUGCUCGCUGCCGUGGCCCGAGAUCGACAUCCACCCCGGUGGCGGCUUACUCGCUGUCACCCCCGCCGCACCGACGCCGUGCAAGCCGGUAACCGCGACGCUCACUAUCUCGACCACUUCGUACGCCACGACAACCACCCAGGGCACCGUCCGGACUAUCUCGUCCCGCACCAUGUCCAGCGAGUUUCCGAUCCUGGGGUGCGCCCUCACCGACCUUACCGUUAGCGUGUCUAAGACCGCCUGCGCCUCGCCGCAACCUACGCCGAGGUCCAUCGGGGAGAGAGAUGACACUCUUGAUGAUGACGACUGUGAAGACGACGACGAGUGGGCUGAUUUCGCUCUCGUCCUCAACAAUCCUUUGAGCAAGAUCAGCGGAGCCCUGCGGGCGGAGCUUGAGGAUGCUGUGUCUGGCCAAGAGCUGGACGACUGGACAGUCAUCACGAUCGACGACCCGGUCUUCACAGCAUUUAUCUGGCUGUAUGACGCGAGAAAGGCUUAUGGUCGAGGACUAACGGGGUCGUAUGGGAUUGGCUCGGUCCAUAUGAUAGAACACCCGCCGCGGCGGGAGGACUCGCCCCCGGGAUCCCCCUCGUCGUCUUCAAGGAUGCGACGACGACACAGUCGAUCCUCACCUGGCUCUCGCCGAGGUGUGCAAAGUCGGAAUAGGAACGAGACAGCAGCAUUGGCCGUCGGCUAUCCGGACCAACCCAUCUCCCCCAAACGCAGGAUCGUUAAGCGGACGCGCAGCGAGAUGCGCAACUACGCCAUGGCCCACCUCAGCAUCCCGCCCGAAGUCGAGUUUGCGAGCAACGACGAGUACUUCAAAGAGGGCGACGACCGAGACCGAUACUACUACCAGCGAGACGCCUCUGAGUGCCAGGACCAGGACGUCUACCUGAUCGAGAGCGGCUACCAGACGGACCACCCGCACUUCCUCCCCCUACGCCAGAACGGCCACCAGGAGACGCUGCCCCGGCACCUGUCGUCGUGGUGGGACGACAAUCUAGUCUGGUACCCCGACCACCCCACCGGGGUGGGCUCCGUCAUCGCAGGCCGCUACACCGGCGUCUGCCCCGAAGGCAAAGUCAGGCUCAUCGGUACCGACGUACCUCAUAGACGGUGGGAUGAGGGCACGGAUUCGCCCGUCUGGGCCUGGAUGCUCAUCGAUGCUCUGACUACGACGCUGGGGCGGGUCAAGUCCAACGGCCGCGGCACCAAGUCGGUUAUCAAUAUGUCGUUCAGCAUGAUCGUGUUUAAUGAGCCGAUGCGCAAUAUGUUGAGCACGCUGCUCCAGCAGCUAGACAGCCUCGGCGUAGUUAUCGUCGUUGCGUCUGGCAACCACCCAGAUUGGCACAACGCCGAUUUAGUGCCGCCGCCCGCUCGCGACGUCUGGCCUCGCGGGGAGGCACAGGUCCCGAACAUUAUCUUGGUCGGCGCGACCGAUAUCCACGGCCGCAGGGGUAUCUUUUCCCAAGCGUGCGAGGUAUACGCGGCGGGCGUGGAUGUGGCCGUCUCCCUCCUGGGCGGCGGCGACGACGACUUCGAGGUGGUCAACGGGACGUCUUUUGCGGCGCCGGUCGUGUCGGGCUUAGUGGCGUACUUGCGCGCCCUCGUCGCCAUUAAGGAUCCCAGCAGACUCCGUGAGUUCGACGACCCGGCCUACGUCAAGGAAUUUAUAUGGAGUAACCAGCGGCGUGUCCUGUACGACGACUACACGGAACGCAACCCCGAGCCGGGGCGCUACGCUAACAACGUGAAGCGCACUAGGUGGGUGCGUUCAGUGUGGAACGGUCAGUCGGAAUCGGACAACCAGUGCUACUUCGGGGACUCGCUUCCAGCCGAAUGUGAUACGUACCCCGAAGACCUUGAUGACGGUCCUGACGAUAGGUAUCAUUUCGGGCAGGAGGACGACCAAUAUGGGGAUGAUGAUGAUUGUUCGGGGAGCGGUUCUGAUGGCGGAUCUUGGGACGGCUCGGAUCCCGGCUCAGACUUGGCCCGUAGGCAGUCGAGGAAGCGACAGGCGGGCGGGCAGUGUCCCGUACCCGGGGCACCGGGUAACGGGGGUGGUGGCGGUGGCAGUGACGGCGGCGACGUUGGAGGGCAGGACCAGCUCGGCCCAUCCAAGACGUUUACUUACCAAAUUGGCACUCCCUCCCCCACCUGCACCACCGGAUGCGGCGUUCUUUGCACCGACUUCUGGUGCCGGCCCGAUCACACCGGACAGCCGCCGCACUUUACCGAGCCCACCCGCCUCCCGCCGUCCACCAUCACCCCUGCGCCGACAGCCGUCGAGCCGAUCCCCUCCAACUGCAUCUCCUCCACUACCACAAGGAUCUGCUACGGCGACCGCCAGGGUCAGAUCUGCGCGUCAGCGACGGUGUGCGUCGCCACCCCAUGCCCGGACGGCUCCGUCUGCAGCAUCACCAGCCCUGUUGAUGGGAGCACCCCCAGUCCCACUACUAAUGAGGAUCUGCCUCCACUCCCGGCACCAACCUCCCUAUCCUGCCCCCCGCCCUGGUUUUCCACCACAUCGGCCUCGUGCGGCGGCAGCGGCGGCAAGUCGGCCUGCGUGACAACUACCGUUUGCGCCGUCACACCGACCUCGACACCGGUCUACGAGCUCACCAUCAUCCCGUCGUGUGGAGGCAACUUGCUGUGCGUCUCCAGAACCGCGUGGGUCAGCUGCACGGGCGGCGUCGCGGCGCGCGAGCUGCCCGAGCCGACAACAGUGUCAGCCUUUGGCACGAUCCCGACCAACCUUGCCCCCCACCAGGACCACCAAGGCAGCGGGGAGGAGAAGCGUGCCGCGGUAGCAGCAGCAGCAGCAGUCAAGUACCCUCGACGGCCACCCGCGGGCCGUCCCGUCCUCGCACCAGCCGCGCCCGUCGUCAAGGACCUCUCGCCAGCCGCCCCCCCGGCGCCCCCCCAGAUCACCGACCACGCCGUCCUCCAAGCCCGCCAGGCCGGUGGGGAGGUCUGCCACGUCACCGUCUUCUGCAACGUCUGCGAGUCCCCCCCCAGGCCGUCGCCCGCGCCCCCGCCGCCGCCGCCCGACCCGUGCAUCAAGAUCAAAAUGACCGAGGUCAUGACCGGGCUCAACCUCAACGGCCUCCAGUACGAGGCCGAGGUCACCCUCAACGGCAAGCGCGUCUGCAAGGUCGACUCGCGCUGCAACGAGCUCGCCAGCAGCACGGACGAGUGCCUGGGGGUGAACGGCAAGCGCGAGUGCUCGGACGGGAACCGGAUCGACACGUGGAACACCAAGCACUUUGCCAUCUACAGCAAACAGAACGACAAGGUGUACGACGUCGAUAUGAAGGUGCAGGUGUUCGAGGGCGUGUGGGACCCGUGCAACGGGGCCGGGUUCAUGUGCAUCGCGACCGUGUUUAGGGGGCAGACGGGGAAGUGCUGA